UGAUGCAGUUGCAGACGGGAAGUGCAGAUGUUGUUUCUCACGUCGUAGAGUAAAACUAACUGCAGCACUGGAGGAGUCCACUAAGUUGUUGGUCAGUUGUGUUUGCUAUUGCUGCUGUCAGUACAGUUCAUUUUGUGAUUGCUGCCCUUCCAGUCUAGGAGACUAAAACAUUCAAUUUGUCCUCUUCUCAUGGCAACCAACUUGAACAUCGAGGACGCAACGCAGCACUUGCGGGACAUCCUGAAGCUGGACCGGCCUGACAACAACGGUUCAGCAAAUGAAAAUUCAAGGAAAUCAAGCUCGUAUAAUGGAGAACUAAAUGGACUACUUGUGUCCGAUUCCUUGGUUUCUGGGCAUGGUGGCUCAUUGCAAGAACCAAGUCUUAGGAAAGUGGAAAUAGCAGCCCUGAAAGAAACACAGACAAUCUGCCUUUCAGGAGAUGAUAAUUCAACCUGCAUUGAAAUAAAUGCCCGAGAUGUGGAAAUCAUAGCCAGUGGUGAUACCAGCAUUUCUAGUAAAGCCCGAGGUAGCAACAAGGUAAAAAUACAACCAGUAGCAAAAUACGAGUGGGAGAAGAAGUAUUAUUAUGGAAACCUUAUUGCCGUGUCUAAUACCUACGUAGCAUAUGCCAUUCGAGGAGCAAGUGGAUCCCCUGUUGUUCGUGUAAUCAGCUUGGUCACAGCUGAGAGGAUUUUACUAAAAGGGUUCGUUGGAGGUGUUGCUGAUUUGGCAUUUGCACAUCUGAAUUCGGACCAGUUGGCUUGCUUGGAUGAAGUUGGUAAUUUGUUCGUCUGGCAGCUAACAAUGAAAAAUGGUAAAAUCCAAGAGACUGUGCUCGCAUGUAUUAAACGUCCUGAAGGUACACCGCAGAGCGCUCAGCGGAGGAUCAUAUGGUGUCCUUUCGUACCAGAAGAGAAUGAAGACAACGGUGAUGAUAGCAGUCAGACUCUGGCACUGCUGCAUGAGGACAGGGCUGAAGUUUGGUACUUGGACAUCGUUCGAACAAACCACAGCUCCUUUCCAGUGGAUGUUACUGCUAUCAAAGAAGGUUACAUUAUCGUUAAAGGGCAUACAGCUCAUAUUAGUGAAGGUGCCCUUUCUCCUGAUGGUUCAGUCUUAGCUACUGCUAGCUACGAUGGCUUUGUGAAAUUCUGGCAGAUUUAUUUGGAAGGUCAAGAUCAGCCAAGGUGUCUUCAUGAGUGGCAGCCACAUGGUAGCCGACCUCUCUCUUGCCUCAUUUUCUGUGAUAAUCAUAAGAAACAGGACCCAGAUGUUCCUUACUGGAGGUUUUUAGUAACAGGAGCUGAUCAAAACCAAGAAUUAAAGAUGUGGUGUACAGUAUCCUGGACCUGCCUUCAGACUGUACGGUUUUUGCCUGAUCCUUUCACUUCCUCAUCGGAUCAGUUCACACAGAGCGUAUUGCCUAGUUUGAAAGUCAGUUUGGACCUCUCUGCUUCAUACCUCAUUCUCAGUGAUGUGCAACGAAAGGUUUUAUAUGUGAUGGAAGUGCUUCAGAACCAGGAUCAAGGCAGAGCAUACUUCAGUUCAAUUUCAGAGUUCCUCCUUACUCAUCCAGUCCUCAGCUUUGGGAUUCAGGACGUAAGCAGAUGUCGUCUGCGACAUACAGAAGUUCUUUCUGCUGAGGAAGAAACUGAAAACUCAAAUACAGAAGGUGUGCAGUGUGCUGUCGAGUCAACUUCAGGAGUGCAGAUAAAGCUGUUCUGUGUGCAUACUAAGGCUCUUCAGGAUGUUCAGAUAAGAUUCCAGCCUCAUUUCAAUGUAAACACCUCAGCAUCUGCUUCUUCAGCUUCUCCACAUGAACAUUUUGUACUUACAGAUAAUUUGGCGGAUGUGAGCUUGGAAGGAGUGGGAUCAGAUAAAGGUUCCACUCGUGGGUCUCAGCAUGACUUGCGUCGGAUCGCAGACUUGUCUUUACCUGCUGAUUUCUUAUCCAUUUCCAGUGAGACAAAACCCAAGUUAAUGACACCUGAUGCCUUCAUGACACCUAGCACAUCACUUCAGCAGAUUGGGACAUCUCCCAGCAGCAGUGUCACUACGUUGACUGCAGUGACAGCACUCAACAGCACUUCUGCUAGCGAUCCUGGUGUGUCCAGAGCAUCGGAAGAUUUGUUCUUAAGUCCAAAAAUGUCUCUUGAUAGUAGCAUCACGUUGAGUUCAAGCAACAAUAUCCAGACAAGUCCUCGUAGUACUUCAAUGCUUAUCCCUUGUCUGCCAGAUAAGCUUCCGUCCAAGCCCCUUCAGAUUACUUCUAGCAGUGCUAUUAUGCCUUUGGAACUUCAGCCAGCUGAUUCUCUUGUCGUGCCUCAGGCUUCACCUACUCGAGAGCGGUCACCAGAUGUCAUCUCUUCUGCAUCCACAGCAAUGUCUCAGGACAUCCCAGAGAUAGCAUCUGAGACCCUUCAACGUAGUUUUGCCUCUACAUCUUCUGGACAUGCUACAGAGGCUUUGGAACCUGCUCACCUUGCUGAUAGUAUGGCCUCUGCAGCCUCUGCUCUACAUUUAUUGUCCCCAAGAAGCCAUCAUAACACUGAACAUAACCAUCACUCUCUGGACAUGGCACCAACUGAGCCAGACCGAUUGACCUCUUCAUUACUGGACACUGUGUUAUCUCAGGAAAACUCUGUAUCAGACAACACCGCAAGUCAGCCAUGGCCUGCAGCUCCAGACAUUACCAGAGAAACCAGGAACAGCAUGACAGAUAGUGACCAUGAUGAUGAAGUUGCCAGCUUCGCUUCCACCUCAGGUAGUUUUGGUGCCAAAGGAGCUUCCCAGCGACUCCCAGUUAAGGACUGGAAAGCAAGAGUGUCUCCUCGAGCUUCUCCAAAACCAAAGAGAAGAGGAAAGAAAGAAGAAAGCGAUGCCUUGCAGUCACCAAGAACAUGUGAUCACCAGGUAGGCUUGGAAAUGCAAGACGAUUUCAUGACCUUGCUGCGUUGCCAGCAGAGGGAGAUUAUGGAGCUGAAACAGAGCCAACUGGAUUUGAUGCAGAGGCUUACAGACCACAUGGACAGUGUCCAGAGUUCUCUUCUGGCUCACGUAGAAAGAUUGCUGGAAACACAACAAGAACAAGAACAGAGAAGAAUAGAGCACAUUCUUGCUGAAGGGCAAGAAAGAAACGGGCAGUUUCAAGACAACCUAUCGCAGAGUCUUUCUCAGACAUUGCCUAAUGCCAUUUGCAAUCGAUUAGACAAAACACUUCGCGACGAAGUCAAGAAAAUUGUACCUCACUGCAUUUCUAAAACUCUGGACCCUGUCACAGGCCAAAUAAGUAACACAGUUGCUGCCAAGCUAACAGCCGUGGAAGGAACACUGAAAGAAAAUGUGGCAAAACUAGUCAAGUCAAAGAAUACUACAGAUGCCAUUGCGAGAACAGCAGCUGAUGUAUUACAAGGACACAUUCAGACCGCGUACAGAGAAGCAUUCCAGACUAUAGUGCUGCCAGCAUUUGAAAAGAGCUGUCAGACCAUGUUCCAGCAAAUCAAUGACAACUUUAAACAAGGAACCCAAGAAUAUAUACAGCAGCUUGAAAGCCAUCUGAACAGCAAAACACUACAACAACAGGAGGCACGUGAUCCUCUUGUUGGUCAGCUCCAGCAUUUAGUCGACUCUUUCCAGAGCACGGUAGACCAGUUGACUUCUACCUUGCUCAGCAGCAUUCGUUCAGAUGUUCAGCAUCAACUGCACAUUGUUGUGGGAAGUUUGCAGGAAUUCAUCUUAACACAAGUGCAGAAAGUUGUUAAAGUCGAAGUGGGACAUGCGAUGAAGGAACAACAGGCAGCAGUUACUUCCAGUAUUAUGCAAGCCAUGAGGUCAGCUGCAGGGACCCCUGUUCCUUCUGCUCAUUUGGAUUUCCAGUCUCAGCAGACCCAAAUCUUGCAGCACUUACAACAAGGUCACAUCAACCAAGCCUUCCAGCAGGCUUUGACUGCAUCAGACCUGAAUUUGGUCCUGUACGUGUGUGAAACUGUGGAUAUUCAGCAGGUGUUUGGUCAGAACUCUUGUCCACUGACUCAGCCUGUCCUUUUAUCACUUAUUCAGCAGCUGUCAUCUGACCUGGGAACUCGCACAGAACUAAAACUAAGCUACCUAGAUGAUGCAGUGAUGAACCUAGACCAUGGUGACCCAAUAACAAGAGAUCAUAUGGGUGCCAUGUUAAAUCAGCUUCGACUAAAGCUUGUCCAGUUUUUACAAGUUGAACCACAUCACGUGUUGAGCAAAAAAGCUAGAAGACUCCUGAUGAUCCUUCAAGGCCUUGUUACCCCUAGCAUGAGCUAAUUAUUUUGUUCUAAACAAUUAAAGUUUUAUGUUAAAUAUGGCAGUACUGUGUACAAUGCAUUAAUUACUAAAAGUCUAAAGCUCUGGGAAACCAACUAAAAUAAGUGCAUUAUGAAAGGAUAGUCUUUUACUGAGAGACGACUAGAAAGCACGUGAACCAAGUUCUGAGACAAAAUGGACAGGAGAGUAACAGUUAUUUUCUUGCAGUCUGUUUUGCAAACCGUUUACAAGUUCAGUCAUAAACUGUUUUGUUUUAUGAUGUUACUGGUUCUGAGAGCUGUCUUCAGGCACAAACCUAGCAGGAAUCUUCAGAAGGUAUUGUAUUCAGCUUCUUUCAGUGGUGGGUUACCAACUGUAUGAUUGUUGGUACCUAGAGAAAAUGUCAGUUUUAAAGGGCAGAGUGUGAAAAAAUAAUAUUAAGGUCAAAGUUAACAAGCUAAGCACGUGCUGGCACAUUGUGUCUUGCUUUUGAGGCUGAAAAAUUUGUGAUAUAAUCCUACAGAAGUCUGAAAAUUUUACAGAUCCACCUUGACACUUCCCUUUAGAGCUGCUAUGUUAGAUGGGUUCAGACAAUUGCACAUCCAAAUAUGUAUAUUUUUUUUCACAUUUUGAGUUUUGUUAGAGUUUUAUCUUAUAUAUAUUAUAUAUAUAUAAACAAAAAUGUGUUAUCGUUUUGAUUUAUGUUAUAAAAAUGACUUGUGAAGGAUUUUUGUGUGUAUGUGUUAGAGUGCAUGUAAAAAAUCGAAUUUUGUUGUAAUUUUACACUGUUACUUUUUAUCUGAGCAAAAUGAACCCCCUGUUUUGAAUACGGUUUGAAUAUGUUGUUUAAUAAAACAUUUUUUUUGAAA